UCAAUCACAACAAAAAACGACUAAAAUGUUUUUCUAAUGAGCGACACGGCAUACAAAUGUAAAAAUAUAUUACAGCUUUGAUCUUCGUCUACGUGAGCAAGGAUGCAGGCCGAGUUGGAUCCAACUCCGGAGCAUAAUUCUGAAUAUUCUCGAACUACCCUGAAAACUUGAAUUCGUCCUGUCUCGUCAUGUCAUCGGCGGAGGAAAAUUCGUGUGAGGAGGAGUUGAGGGAGAUUCAACAGCGCUUUGAGAAGGAGGGUUUGGACUGGGAUGGAUUGGGAACGGGCGAGCGACACCUGCAUCUGUGGCGUUGGCUUCAGGACGCGGAGAGCAACCUUCGAAGCUCCCGAAGGAUGCUGGACAAACUGCGAGAGGUCCAACACGAAGAGCUGGAGGAAAUGGAGGGAUACGUUGCUCACGUUCGCCAGUUAGCUGACACCAGGGCUGCCCAUCUGGAGUCCGAGGUCAUGACCCUGAGGUCGCGACUGGAGGUUCAGCAGAGACAGGCGGUCACUUUGGCAAAUCUGCUGCAACGCAGUGGCUUGGAGUCGACUGCACUUCCCGACGACGCUGCUCCUGGAGAUGAUAACUGGGUAGGAGAGCAGGUUGCUCUUUUGAUUGCGGAUCGUGCCAAACUGAUUGAGGAGAUCGACGUUUUGAGGAAGUUGAAAUUUUCUGACGGAGUCAACGGGAUGAAUAAGGAAGGAGAACUCCUGUCAGAAAUAAUUAAAGUGUCAUCGGAGCGGGAGGUGCUGAAAAGAGAGGUCAAAGAGAUGUGCGAGAGGGUUCAGUUGCUGGAAAAGGCUUCACGUCAACUGGAACUUGACAACGAAAGACUUGCAUACAAGCUUUCUGAAGCUUUAGCAGAGCUAGAAGAACGAGAAACCCAGUUGCGGCAACUGGGACCUUUUGGAAGUAAAAACUCUGCCUGGCCUCGUCAUAAACGGUUAACAUCUGCUGACGAUUUGCUCUCGUCUGGCUCACCUAGUCCUACAGAAGAGGGUGGAGAGGAAGAAAAAGCGUUGCCCACCAGUAAAGACCCUAUCGUCACUGAAAAUUUAAAAGAAAAGGAGCCAAGUCCAAAAGAAAGUCCUAAAAUAUCUGCCUUGACGGCAGAGAGUCCCAGACUCUCAUUGCUGAGAAAGCUUGAAAUAGGCGGAGAUUCAAAAUCUGACCUCAACAUUGGAGGAUGUGUUCCAUCCCCGAGGAGAUACGCAGCCUUGCUGGAGAGAACGGAUCCGCACCGUAUUGAAGAGGUUACCCGGUUGCAGACAGAGCAAGAGAAACUGAAGGGCCAGGUCGGUCUUUUGACUGAAAAAUACAACUCUCUGGCUAUGAGACAUCUCCAGUACAAAUCAAAAAGGAAAGCACAAGUGGAAGAUUUGAGAGCCCGGCUGGAUGUCGAACUUAGUUCUCUACAAAGUGAAGUCGAUGCUUUGCAAGCUAGACUUGCCAUGCAGAAAAAGACCUUGAGAGGUGAAGAGGGCCUUAGAAGGCGGGUCGAAGCUGACUACAGAAGGCUCCAAGAUGACAAGAGGAAGCUAGUUGUGAAUAUGAUGGCAUCAGACAACACAUCUCGAGACAAAGAGCAGGAAGUGGGUCUCCUGAACAAGAAAAUCGGUCUGCUCGAACGAGCGAACUCGGAGCUUUUGAGUCGAGUCCUGGACCUGAAAUACGCCGCUCGCCACAAUUCGAAUUCCCCGCACAACAAAACGCCUUCCCCGUCGGAAGACAUCAAAAUGUUAGAAAUUAGCAGUGCCGUUUAGAUCGUAGAAAUUACUAAAGAGGGAAGUUCCAAUAUUUUACUAUCACGUCCCAUUAACAAUGUGAGCUUCGUAGCGUCUUUAGGCAAUUUUAUACGUUGCUGUGCUACUGCCAAAUUUUUCCCUAGGAAUUGAAAAGAAACAUGUCGUCUUCUGCUUGCUUAUGUGAGAACUUCCAUAUAUUGCAAAAAUAGUGUGCCAAUUAUUCAAGAAGCCCUAUUUUGAACAGUGUUGUCAGUCUAUGAAUGAGAAAAUUAUUAUUUUGUGUUUUACCGUCCAAAAUUGUAUUAAUAGAACCUCCAUCCAUUGUCCUUCCUAAAGAUGUAAAGGUGUUCAAAAAUCAAACAUCACGCCAAACUUAACAACAAUCAAUAGGAUGUAGCUUGUGCAAAAUGUUGAAAAAAUAAAAAUAAAAAGCAUAC